GUAUCAUCUGCUGUGCUUCGCGAGGACAUUGUCAAUCUUCUUGAUUUCAUAGAGAGGUUAAAGAAUGAAGAAGAUCAAAUUGUUCUUGAUACGGAUCAAAUUGAAAAGCGGAAAUUGGAGCUGACAUUUUUGUCGGAUGGUUCUAAUGCCGACUUGUCUUCCAUAUCAUAUGAGGUUCAUGAUCUGGUUCAGUCGCUUUUUCAUCAGAGUGGAGAUGACAUGCUCGUUAAAUUAAAGGAUCAUGUCGUUCCUCGCCUCCUUGAAAAUAUCAAAACCUCUAUCAUCUCAGAUCAUCAUUCUGAAUCAAGCGCCACCAUGACUGAGGAUCAGUUGGUUGAACUUUUGGACUCUCUCCUUGUGAAUCUCCAUUAUCUAUCCAAGAGAUUUCCAUGGGCUGAAAAUAAAAAAGAUGAAGAUGAAAAAGACGAAGAUGAAGAUGGAACAGAUGAAGAAGAUGAAGAUGGAACAGAUAUAAUUCCAGUUUCACUGGAGGUUAUGCAAAUAUGUUCUACAAUGUUGGAAGCUUCAAAGUCGGCAGAACUUGAAUGCUUCAAAAAGAAGCUCCUAGAAGCAUCUCCAGACAUUCUUAGAGAACAUCUGAUUCACCUACAACAGCACAUGUUCGAUGUUCGUGCUAGGUGCACAGUCGACCAGGAACGUAAUGAGAAAAAGUUGUUGCAGAAAAUUUUCAAUCAAGUUAUUGGUUUGAAAGAAAGAUUCAAUGAGGAUGACAUAGACGAUGACAUUGCUGAUAAGUUACGAAAAGAACUGUUUGGAAAGAGGUACCUUGUUGUCUUGGAUUAUGUGUGGUAUACUGCAACAUGGGAUGAGCUAACAAGACCAUUAUACGCCAUUCCAUCUGAAUUUCAGAACGGUAGUAGAGUUAUUUUAACAAGUCAAAAAAAGGAAGUGGCUUUGCAUGGAAAAUGUCAUAGUGAUCCUCUUGAUCUUCAAUUGCUAAGACCAGAAGAAAGUUGGGAGUUAUUCGAGAAAAGGGUGCUCGGAGAAGAACGUUUCCCUAAUGAACUAAAAGAUGUUGGAGAGAAAAUAGCCAAAAAGUGUGAUGGGUGUUAG